AUGCAAAACGAUGAUAACCCUACAAGGCCUUUUGAGUCUGUGUCUGCCGACUUCUUCACAGUUGCUGGGAAGUCUUUCCUGGUAAUUGCGGAUAGACUCUCUGGCUGGCCCGUCAUCGUUCCCUGUGGUGCCUCGUCUACAGCAUCACGCACCACACGCAUGUUCUGCUGUUACUUCAGGGACGUUGGUGUUCCCCUCCGCUUGAGGACUGAUGGAGGACCCCAGUUCACCCGCUACGAGUUCCAAGAGUUCAUGAAACGAUGGGGCAUACACCACCUGGUAUCCUCACUACAUUACCCCCAGUCGAACGGACACGCCGAGGCGGCCGUCUAG